AUGUCGUCCAAUAAGGAGAAUAUCCUGCGCUUCCCUGGCAGUACCGACCCGAAGUUUGCCGCAAAGCCCUCGCAAACUCAGUCGCAGUCGCAGUCCGGUUGGAGCGAGCAGGACAGUUCCAAAUGGAGUCCUAUUCAGUCCUUCAGUAGCCACAUGGACAACCAGGGCCAUCCAGUGGCCGAUCCUAUCGGUGGUGAAGAUGGCCCCAUGAAAGGCCAGAAGAAGGGCCAUAUCGAUGAAAAUAGCGAUCUAUUUGAUGCUAUGAAUGCGGAGACCGCGGACUUUGAUUAA